AUAUAUUAUUAUAAUUAUUUCAGUAAUUCACCUAAGAAGUAAGAAGUCUAUUCUUUAAUUUUAGUUUAUAGUGAACACGUUUUUACUUGUACAAGCUUAUAAAACUACUAUCAUGCUAUAAACAUAUUUAAUAGGUAAUUGAACGAAACUAAUAUUAUUACUUUUCAAAUAAGGCAUCAUGAACAUUUUGAAAGAUAGCAGAGUAAAAGAAUAUAUAUCAUCAUUAGACGGAUUGAGCCCUGUUCAGUAUGUACCCACAGUCUGCCAGUGCAUCAAAGAAAAUUUUCCGGAAAACGCCCAUUCUGAUAUUGCAUAUCCUUUCAGUAAUAACUUAGCCGAAUUAGCUGCCAACCAGGGACCAAAAAACAUAAGAUUGAUUGUAAUGUACAUAACAAAGACGUCUUUUUUCAAUGGAGACACAAUGAAGUUUUUAGUCAAUGAAAUGUUAGAAUGCAAAGAAGAUGCAACAGUCGAACAAUAUUAUAAUGUUCUUGAUCAAAAUUUUAAGAUGCAUCCGCCAUGCGCUCAAUAUAUGGAUACAGAGUAUGAACAAUUAAUACUUGGCCCAUAUAGGAAAUGUUUUGGAGAAAUGACUUUGUGGGAUUAUAUUAUAGAGCGUUUGAAUCAGAUCACUAGUGGAUCUCUUUUAUAUGGUGAUAAUAAGGCAUUUGAUUUGGCAUUCAAAAGAUGUUUUAGUUUUUGCGUAUGCAUUUUACAAAUGGACUUUGAAGUAUCCAAAAAAAGAAAUAUUAGAUCUUUAAUUGCAAAAUGUUUAAAGUAUAAUUCUGAAAGAAAAACACGAAUGAGUGAAAUCACUAAACUUUUAGAUAUGUUAUUUAACACUGGGUAUGAUUUUCAAAUGCCAGUUAUCAAUCUCGCAAUACUUGUAAAUCAGUUAAAAUGAAUUAAAAAAGAAUUUUUUUUAUUUUACAUUUAUUGUUUUUAUUUAUAUUGAUAAGACUUUAUUUAUAUAAAUUAGUAAAACAAAUUUUCAUUCAUCGCAAACAAUGAAGAAAUUAAAUUGCGAUUUGGAUUAUUAAAGUUUAAAAUUCAA